AUGGACAUCCCCAUCGGUGACAUUAAGCCAUACUACGAACCCCCAUCACGAACACACAAGAACGUCGCCGACUCUCCCACUAUCCAGAAGACCAUCCAAACGCUGAACCUCCGGCUUCACCCGGAAGGCGGUUUCUUCGUGGAAACGGACCGUAGCCUGCUGCGAAUCCCCAAUCCUCUCCGCUGGGGGUAUUUCAUCGCAAUGCCAGUCACACCGUACAUACGCUCCAUCGCGGACGGGGUCGCUACGCCAUCAUUCACGCCGAUCAGGCCGCUCGUAACGGAGGAAAGGCGCCCGUCGAGUCGUUCGUGGUGGGUCAUCGCAUCGAGGAGGACUGUUGUUCCGGGCUUUGAGUUUGCAGACCACGAUUUCUUGACGGCGGAAAUGAUGGACCAACUGUUGACUCUGGAACAGGUGCGGGAGCUGAAAUGGAUGCGUCGAAAGGAUUGA